UGGACACAGAGGUGUUAAAAACAUUGCAAGUUGUGUUGUUUUCAACACAUUCCUUCUAGGCGUGCAUGUUAUAACUUCAUUUCACAAGAAUAGGCUAUUAAUUGAAAAAAGACAGUCCAAUACAAACCGUUAAUAAGAACAAUCUAGUCGUAUAACCUCUGAGAAAAAUGAAGUUCAGCUGUUGCACUAUUUCAGUUUAUCCAGCAAUACAGUGAUGUUUUAACUAGUAGCCUAUGUCUUACUAUGCGAAUUUAGGCCAGGUUAACUAUAAUACCAACAAGAUAAAUAGUUUCCAGUUACUAAUGCAUCAAUGCCAUAUCAUGUCAAAUUGAAUGUCUCCAAUCUAAUUCGCGCUCACUUGAGGGUGUGUUAUGUCUGUGACGGUCAUUCACAGGUGUGACAUCGUAGCUUCAGAAGUCUAGUCCACGAAAUUCUCUCUUUUAUUCGCAUGAAGGACCACAGCCUUCAUCUACGCAUUUUCAACAUAGUCCUGGGGGAAAAAACACCUGUAGAUCGUCCUUCAUAAUGAGGUGAACUUGGCUAUUAAAAGGGAGAAUUUCUGUAGCCCGUCUGUCAACAAUUCUGGAUCCGAAGUGUUUGCCAUCUCCGUAAUCAGUGCUAUUGGAACAUCUGCUCUCGUAAAACAGUCUUGGCACUAAGUCUACCUGCACUUUUCUUUGUCUACCACAUACCAUACUCUAUAAGGUAUCUUGAAGGCUUCAUUCCUAUGGGUAAAUGUGAGUUGUCUCAUGCAGACAUGAAGCUGGAGAAUGCUGGGGACAAAGGUCUUAACUUUGGGUCUAGAGCUGACGUUCAGACCUGCGCCUACUGGGGGGCACCCAUCAUCUGGGAUGGGAUGUUCAACCCAGAAGUUUAUGAUCGGACCCAUAAAAGAGACCAUACCUCGGUGGCUUUGACUGUAUUUGCUGUGGGCAGGUACCUUGAUGUGUACCUGAAGGACUUCCUGCUCUCGGCGGAGCGCCACUUCAUGGUGGGUUUUCCUGUGACCUACUAUGUCUUUACAGACGUCCCAGAGAAGAUUCCGGCCCUAAAACUGGCGUCGGGGCGAGAGCUGAAAUCCAUGCCUGUGAAACGCCACUCCCGGUGGCAGGACGUCUCAAUGAUGCGCAUGAGAUCCAUCAGCGACGCCAUCGACAGCCACAUCCACCAUAAUCACCCGUAUGUCUUCUGCAUGGACGUGGACCAGGUCUUCGCGGGCCGCUUUGGCACGGAGGCUUUGGGGGAGUCCGUGGGCCUCCUCCACGCGCACUUCUACCACAGCUUCAAGCGACUGCGGACCUACGACCGGAACCCCGAGUCCCAGGCCUACAUGGCGGACUCUGAGGGCGACUUCUACUACCACGCGGCAGUGUUCGGCGGCUCCUGGCAGCGCGUGAAGCACAUUACGGACACAUGCUACCGCACCAUCAUGGAGGACAAGAACAAUUCGGUGGAGGCUCUGUGGCACGACGAGAGCCACCUGAACAAGUACUUCUGGCAGCACAAGCCCAGCAAGUUGCUGUCUCCUGAGUACUGCUGGGAUAACUCCAUUGGAUAUCGCAGUGAUAUCCAUAUUACACGACUCCUCUGGCAAGAGAAGCAAUAUAAAAGGCUUAGGGGCACAGGAAGCUGAUGGUGGAGCUAUGGAUGGCUAUGCAAGCAUCAGUAUACUGACACUUAUUCAUUUGGCUUUUGCUCUUAUCCCAAACAACUUGCAUAUGUCAGUAAUUACUAGCACCAGUCUCCCUAGACCCUAGAGUUAAGGGUCUUGUUCAAGGAUACACUGGUGACAAUGCUGAAUGGAAUUCCAGGUUUUUAUGUAAUAUAGAUGUCAAGUCAAGUCAAGUCAAGUCAAGUCAAGUCAAGUCAAGUCAAGUUUAUUUAUAUAGUGCAUUUAUUACACAGAGGUAAUUCAAUGCACUCUACAUUUACAAAAGUACACAGUAAUAGCAAAUAAAAGCAUAGAAGAGCAAUAGUCAAAUAAUUGUUUAAAAAGUAAAGAAUAAAAAUAAGACAUUAAACACACAAGGUAAUAGUAGGCUACAUAAAAGCAUAAAAGCACAAUAGCUUAAACAUGUCGUAAUUAAGAGACAUUGCGCAAAACAACAAAUCACAGGAACACAGCCAACAACUUAAGUCAGUGAUAGUGAUCCAAGCACCCAAUGAAUAGCAGCAUUCUAUGCCAAUAUAAUAUAAUAUGAUUUGAUAUAAUAUAGCAGAAUAGAAUAGAAUACAAUACAAUACAAUACAAUACUGUAUACACACCUUUUACAUCCCUUAGCCAGGAGUGACAGAGUCAGUACAUUUGCCAGGCUAACACGUCCAACACGUAUUGGUCCGUUUUGGCACCAUAUCGCGUGUUAAUGCAAUAGGAAUUGUAUGUCAUGUAGUCUAGUACACCAAAUAUUCAAAAACACUCAGAGUAUGUUAUAAUUUUUUUUUUUUUUUUUUAAACGGUAUCGUGGAGCAAUCAGGCUGCUGAGUCGCGCAACUAACACAUAUCUCACAUCCUCACUGACUUUUUAAAAAAGCUGAAGAGAUCUGCGCAGAUGCAGAGUGGACUUAGAACAUGCUGGCAUGACUUGCGGCUUGCUUGAUUUGAGCAAUGACUUGACUUAACUUACUUGACUCAUAAUAAGAGACCAAAAUAACUUGACCUGCUUGAUGAAGGCUAUUACAAGCCACCAAGAAAGUUGGUCAAUGUCUCAUUUCUUAGCUGAUGCUACUGCUCAUGUACUGUAAACAACAACAAAAAAUUGAAGUUCAAAUUUCCUUAAAAAUUCUGUCAUUGGUUUGAUACCCUGCCGUUCUGACUGUGCUGCUUUGGAUGAAAGUGUCUCCUAAAUGGCAGACAACCUUUAAUUUCAUCAGGGAAUGUGUGUGAGAUGAUCUCUCAAGGUGCAAGAUAUUUGAGUAACCAAUUCUUGUAUUUAAUUUGAAAAUGUAUUUAUGUGCGCUCGCUGGUUAAUGUUGUAAGGCCGAUUUACUGCACAAGAGUGUUAUUACUGUUCACCAAGCCUACUUCUGAAGCCAUUGCUGCUGUAUUUAUGACCAAACCGUUGUGCAGAAGUGCUAGUGGCACAUGAUCAUGCCACAGCUACAGAAGCAAGAGAGUGAUCAGUGAUCAAUGCCUUAAAGUACAGAUAAUUUGACUUUGUCUUUCACUGAUUCCUCUGGAUGAGUAUGUGUGUGUGUUUUUCUCUGUUUGAGUGUUUAAAUGUUUGAUCUCCCUAAGACCGUGAACCCAGUGAACCAACACUGAUAUCUGUGGUUCACACAGGCUCUAUAUGCGCAAGUGACCUGUGUGAAGUUGGCAUCCCAUAUGUUGAAAAUAUGAAUAAAAGUGUUUUGAUUUGUU